AUCCUCACUAUCAAUGAACCAGGAGAGAGUGCAGAACAGUGCGCUUUAACUGCACAUGUUAAAAAGUACUUUUAUUUAUUUAAAAACUCUAUAUUUUUAUAGAAAUGACUCGUGUCUACAUGCAGCCCUCACACAGCACGAGGGCAUUCAUUAUCCCAGCAUGUUCUGCCUUUCUGAUCUCUGUGACCCUAACAGAAGGAAAGCUGUUGCUGUGAAAACCCUGAAGGCAUGGCGAACUGGAUCGUGUCCAAGUGGAAGAUCUGGCUUCUAGUUCCACUAGUCUUGGACUGUGCCACUGUCGCCCAAGAUCUGAAGCCCACAAGAUGGCCUUUGUUCCCUAAUAAGCCUUUGCUUCUAGCCUGGAAUGCCCCCACGGAGGACUGUGCACCCCGCCAUGGCAUUCGCUUCCAGCUGGAUAUGUUCCAGAUUGUGGCUUCACCCAAUGAGGGCUUCACAAAACAGAACCUCACCAUCUUCUACAGGGACCGCCUGGGCCUGUACCCGUAUUUUGAGUCAGGCACUCCAGUUAACGGUGGGCUGCCUCAAAUUGCCAGCCUGACCCAGCACCUUGAGAGGAUGCCUGAUGGUAUCACAAAGUACAUCCGUGACCCUACGGCACGAGGCCUAGCCGUUAUAGACUGGGAGGAUUGGCGGCCUCUUUGGAUUCGGAACUGGGACGCCAAGAACAUCUACAGGAAUGAGUCGAGACGAUUAGUAUUCCAGAAGAACCCAACUUGGGACCAAUUCCGGGUCAACAAAAUCGCCCAGCAGGAGUUUGAGCUGUCAGGGCGUACCUUCAUGCUUAAGACUCUAAGACAGGCCAAAAACCUGAGACCCAACCAGCUCUGGGGCUUCUACCUGUUCCCAGACUGCUACAACCACAAUUACCGCAACAGCCUGGAGAACUACACCGGUCGCUGCCCAGACCCGGAGAUGGCACGCAACGACCAGCUGAAGUGGCUGUGGACUGAAAGCACUGCCCUCUUCCCCUCCAUCUACAUAGGAUCAGUGCUGCGAUCCACACCCUUCGCCCGGCAGUUUGUGAGGAACAGGGUAAAGGAGGGCAUGAGGCUGGCAUCUGUGGGUGACGGGCUGGCACGACCGGUAUUCGUCUACACCCGGCCAACGUAUGCCAACGAGCUGGAGCUGCUUACUGAGACUGACCUGGUCUCCACCAUCGGAGAAAGCGUGGCUCUGGGGGCAGCCGGCAUCAUACUCUGGGGGGACGCCAGUUAUGCCAGCAGUAUUGCCAGCUGUUCAAAUCUGAACCUGUACCUCCGCGGGUCGCUGGGCCGCUACCUCCUCAACGUGUCCACAGCAGCAGAGCACUGCAGCCGCUUCCUGUGCAGCUCCCAGGGCCGCUGUCUGCGCAGGAACCCUGACACGGACACCUAUCUUCACCUGGACCCUCAGAGCCACUCUGUGGUGGCACAGGGCAGCGGCCUGGCCGUGAUUGGUCAGCCGGGGCUUGAGGAGCUUCAGCAGAUGAAGGAGGACUUCAGGUGCCAGUGCUUCAGUGGUUAUCAGGGGGAAAACUGCAAGAUGCAGGAUCCGCUUUAUUAUAAAGGUGCUGGAACUACACUGAGGGCCCUGUGGAGCCUCUGUCUGCUUCCACUGCUGCUGCUUACAUCACUGGGCUGAUUGAGCCAACACUUAUGCAUAAUGGACAUUAGGGUUGUACAAAUUUUCAUUAUUUUGGAUGAAUGCAAUGCAAUCAAUCUGAAGGUGGUGACCCAACAGCAUUGAUUUUGGAAUGUUAGUGUGGAUUAUAAUUUAUUUCAAUGAUAGGAAAAUUAAAAUGCUUGGUCUGUAGGUAGGUGUGUUGUUGAUAUUGUCUGUAUUGUAGUACAGAAUAAAUGCGUAGUGUAAGGCUACUACAGUGUAAAUAAACUGUUGUUAAAAACAUUUUAGAACACCCCCAAUAUUUUCAGUGCUGCAUAAUCUAGUUAAACCUACUUUUCUUAUUUUACCUUCUUAAAAUGGCUAUUACUUUCUACCAGCUACUCCAUCUGCUGUCAAACCUGCAUAGUGAUCUAUAGCGCGUGUCGGUGUCUUUUUUUGGCAUUGUGAGGGUGCAAAAAAUACGCCUUGCACGGCUCGAAAUGCAAUGCAAAAGGCAUGAACUAAUACUCUUAAUUAUUCAUGGAUGUUUUUGGGCAUAACAUGAAAUAAAUUAAAAUGAAAAUAGACUGUUGCUAGUAAAAGAAAAUAUUUAGAAAAACGAGUAGAUCAGGAAAAGUCUACGUCAACCCGUGAAUUAGUAUUCAUGGCCCCGCCCACCUCGGCUCAAGACCGCCCACAGACAGAGCUGAAGCCGGCUGGUGACGCCAUCUCGUCAGAUAGAAGCUACAGUAACAGCGCUAGGAACAGCAUGCAGUUCAUCCCUGUGUUAUUUGUGCGAAUAACACAUCAGUGUUAUAUGCUUUACCCAGUAAUUCAGAGCUAAUAAACAAAUGGUUAGAAUUUGUCUAUGGAGGAACACCACCAGCCAAGUACAGUGUAGAUAGGUACUGUAGGUGUAUGUUUAGAACAAUUCUGUUUACACUAGUUAAAAUAAAAAUCCAACCCUGGACUACCCAACUAAAGGUUUACAUAGGAUCUCCGGUGGAUUUGGCGAUUUUACAGCGACUCUAAGACGAGCUCAGUGGCUGAACUACACUUAGCAGGGCAUUAUUACACAUGUUGUAAAGUAACAUAUGACAUUGCAAAGACUGUUAUUAGUGUAAAAAUGUCUUUGUUUUAAAACGUUUCUAACUUUUGUUCAUCUCGCUGGUGUCACAGUUCUGUUAGCAAAUCAGAGGCGAUAUGUUUGCAUGUAUGAAAAUUCAUGGGCAAGAGCUGAAAUAUUCACUCCUUCUCCGAACUAAAGCAGUGUUAUACCGGAUCACUGGAGCACUUUUUUCCAUUAAAAAACAGCUCACAUGGCAUUCAUUCAUACUAGAGACCACAACUAUAUAUUUUAAAAUGAAUAAAAAAACGAUGGAAUGAGACCUUUAUUAGAAUUAGUCCAUGUCUCUUCUGCCUUUCGAGCUCUGCAGGGUGUACUUUUCCCGUCAUUAUGAUAGCAAAGACACAGUGACAUUCCCUAAAUCAAGCUGUGCGGUGCACGGUUAAUGGCUCACCUAAUGACUACCCUUUCAGUGUUCUGAAAUUCCUGGGCUUAAAAUAGCUUAAAUGUCAGUAUAAACUGGAAAUACUGGGGUUGUGUUAAAUCUUUUGACUGGUAAUGUGUUAUGUAACUGUAACUUAAUCAAAUCGCUGUGAAAUCCAAUAUAUUUACACCCCUUAUGGACACUGCUGAGGACCUUUAAACACUAUUGUCUUUUUAAUAAUGCUGAAAAAGCAUUAUCUCGUUAUUUCAGUGUACUUUAAACAGUACUGCUCUGCUGUAGAGGCUCUACAGCCUCUUUUACACUUAUGUGAUUUUAUGUUUUAUUUUAAUUUAAUAAAAUUUUAUGAAAUUUAAGGGGGAUUUCUGAACUGACAUCACUGUCACUCUUAAAUAAAUUUACUGCAU